AUGAUGCGUUUGACACGCUGGGCGCCUCCACCCAACAGCCUGGUGCCUACUAAGAUACCUAACCCUAAGCAAAAUGCGGACAAGACAAACAGCCACAUCUUGUCAGCAACAAGCAAGCAGACAGACAAGCAACAAGACAACAAGCCAACAAGCACAGCAAGCACCAGUGCCAACUUGCAAAUCAUCAACGCCCAGACCCGGCAACAUGGGCCCGCCCAGGACUCCUUGCCCACACUGCCACCAAGAGAAACACCCGGAAAAAACAUCCCAGCCAGCCUCAUUGCCACCCUCAGCAGCAAGCAAUCCGUUUCUCCCCUUGGCUUGGCUACACCUACCAUUCGCGUCCCUCCCCUCUACGGAUACCCGUACUCCGUUCUCUCGCGCGUGCGCUAUGAUACAAACCUGUCCUCCAUCCUCCCCCCCCCCGUUCCAAUAAAGCCACCAGCUCUUCGCGAGCCCUCUUGGCCCAUCGCCUCGGGUCGCUUCCGCCAAUGCUCCAUCCCUACUAGUCAAUGUCCAUCACCUAGAGGGAGGCUGAGAUAG